AUAGCCGCUUGGCGCUGUCCUCUUCGUCUUCUUCUUCUUCUCUCUCUUUCAUUUUCUUGUUUAGUGGAGGAUUUGCUUUAGUAGUGUAAUCGUUUACUCAUGGAGGGUGGUUGGUUUCAGGAGAUAUGGGAGAUGGAGAUGAGCAAAGUAAAGAGCUAGAACGUUCGUCAUCGAGUUGUGGUCCUAGUGCUGCAAAUGCAGAAGCAAGGAUGAAGUUUGCUUCGGUGGAUGCUUUAUCAGAGUUAGUUUGGUCUCCUCGGAACGGUCUAAGCCUAAGAUGUGCAGAUUUCAGUUUCACUGGAAAGGCAAAAUUACUCUCUCCUAACUUCUUUGAUUUAGGACAAACCAAUAUGGCGGUUCAUUCGAGUAGCACAAGUAUCGAGCAAGGAGGAGAAGAAGAAGAAGACGGUGUUCGUGUAAAUGUCCAGUUGGAAACCCAAGAUCAAGGUGACCAAGCGUGUAGUGGGAUGAAUAGACCAUUGUCAGGGAUUGGUGGUUCUGUUGAGGAUAUGAAACUUGAUGUGGUUGAGGAUAAGGUUGAUACUAAUGAUGAUAUAGAUAGUGAAGAGGCAGGAAGUUCCAAAAGAUCCUCAGAUUCUCCGCGAGGUAUUGGAGGAAAAACAGAAGCUUCGUUGGCGAAUGAACAGUUGAACAUGGAAAGUACUGGAUCUCAAGGAGAACUGACUAACCGCGGAGAUAAAGAAGAAGAGGAUAAGACAAAUAAUAGAGAACAUGCCGGAACAUGUUUAGAAUCAAUGGAUGAGAACAAUCUCACCACUCUUGCUGUUGUAGCAUGUGAAGGCAAAGGGGAAUACUUGCCGGCAGGUGAGACAGAUGUUGAAAAGGCUGGACCAAGUGUUUCCUAUUGGUGUCGUGCCAAAGAAAAAGGGAAAGAAAAAGCUUUAUCUGAUGGAAACUCUGAGGGUGAUGAGAAUGAUGAUGAGAGUUUUGGGAGUGUAGAAAGUUGCAAUAGUGCGGGUUUGCUCACGAGGGGAAAGAAAAGACCAGGCUUUGAGCAGCAGCUGAUUCUUGGAAGCAAACGGCUCAAAACGCUAAGUCAAGAAUGUUUGGGGUCAACUUCAAAGCUCAAGCAAGAUAGUUCCUUUAUGAAUUGGAUAUCAAAUAUGACAAAAGGAAUCUGGAAAGGUAAUGAAGAAGAUGAUUCUCCUUUUGUAGCCCUUACUACUACUUCAGAUGCUAAUGGUCAUGGCCAAGUUAAUGUGAUUGCUGACCAACAAAAAUUGAGUCCAUGCUGUGUGAAGGAAAAUAGCGGAUGCAGAAACACCGGUUUCCAGUCUUUUUUCCAGUCUAUAUAUUGUCCGAAGAAAGAAAGUCAAGAUGCCGUGGAGAUGGAUUUCGCGAAUGAUGCUAAUGCUACUUCUUUGCAGGAACUUCCCUGGAUUCCUGAAGAAUGUGACAUUACCAAAGUGACUUCAUCUGGUAAUGAGAUUGGUCCAGUGGCUGAACCCAACAUUUCAUCAGAAAAAGUUGGAUUUAAUCAGACAAGCGAACCACUCUCGUCAGCGGACAAACAUGAGGUCAAAGAGCCAAACAUCUCUUUGAUGCCUCUAAGUAAGUCUAAGCUGAAUGAAGAGCCAAAAAUAUGCGGUGAAGCUGAUGGAAAGGUUAGUCCAUGUUUAACCAACAGAAACUCUGGUCUUGAAAGUUUGUGGAUAAGCCGGUUUUCUUCUAUAAGUUCUCAGAAAAAGGCCAGAGAAACGGCUAAAGAGGGCAAUGAUUCAGCCUCAGACGCAACUCAAACUCGUGAUUCGCAGAAAAUGCUGGAAGACAAUAAUGUCUUUAUUGAGCCUAAACCCAAUAUCAGCUUGCUAUAUAGGCUUGAUAAACAGAACACGGCUCUUCCCAUAGUUUCUUCAAUGAGAAUAGAUUCUUCAGAAGCAAUGGCUUCUUUAUUUGCAAGAAAAUUAGAAGCAAUGAAACACAUCAUGCUGUCAGGUGACAUAGCUGAGAACGCAGAGGUGGAACAGACAAAUCUAAUUUGUUUCUACUGCGGUAAAAAGGGUCAUUGUUUACGGGAUUGUCUGGAAGUAACUGAUAUUGAGCUCAGAGAUCUAGUACAAAACAUCAGUGCUCGGAAUGGAAGAGAAGAAGCGUCAAGCCUAUGUAUUAGAUGUUUUCAGCUAAGUCACUGGGCUGCAACAUGCCCGAAUGCUCCACUGUAUAGUUCAGGAGCUGAAGAUAGAGCGGUGAAGCAAGCUUUAGCUUCUACCUCUGGCACAAAGCUACUGCCCUUAAGUGGUUUCACAGACGUACCAAAAGCAGUCUUUGAUGCUGUUCAAGUUCUUCGCUUGACACGCACACACGUUCUCAAAUGGCUAAAUACCAAGAAGUCUGUAUCGGGUCUUGAAGGGUUCUUCUUGCGGUUAAGGCUCGGGAAAUGGGAAGAAGGGCUUGGAGGAACAGGGUACUACGUAGCCCGCAUAGAUGGGACCACAGAUGGCCAAAGCUCAAGGAGACAUUCAGAGAAUAGCUCAAUCUCAGUUAAGGUUAAAGGGAUAACUUGCCUUGUUGAGUCUCAGUUUAUCUCAAAUCAAGACUUUCUUGAGGAUGAGUUGAAGGCGUGGUGGCGGAGCGCGGAAAAAAGUACCGGAAGAAGCGGCGACGGCAUCCCGUCCACGGAGGAACUUAGUCGGAAAAUUCAGCAGAGAAAAAUGUUAGGCUUUUAGGAUAUUUAUUUCAAAUAGAUGAUACUUUGUUUUUGAGGACCAAAUGUAUUUAUUCAAUAGGUUUUUUACAUCUACAUUUGUAUUUUUUUCUGUAUGGUUCAAAAAAUGAGAGUGUAAAGUUCAGAGGACAUCGAAUGUCUCAGAUUCAGACUUGAGUUUUAUUCGGAUCUUUCUGUCUCUGUAACUAUAUAUAUGUGAAGGAUCUUGGUUCUCAAGUACUAGUUCAGUCA